ACAACUAAUUUCCUCUCUCACCAGCUCUCCUUCCAUUUCUUCUGUUUCAGUUUCUUCCAUCACUAAUAUGAAUGCGUUUUUUAAAUAUCUUGCCUAUUAUGUCUGUAUAUCACUACUUUUCAAAUCUCCCUCAUCUGUGCCACCUUCUAGUUAAGAGACUCUUCUGAUUCUCUGUACCUCAUCAAGUUCUGCAUAUUAUUCACGAUGACUAAGGAGUAUAAAUAUUGGGUAGGGCCAUCGUAUAGUCAUGGACAAAAGACAUAAAGGUCGGUUGAAGGGUAGCAGGAGAUCAAGAGGCUCCCAUUUCCAACCUUUGUCUAUGGACAUUGCUUUCCAACUCGAUGAAGGCUCUCGCGCCAAUUUCCUUCGACUUGUCAUGCAAUCUUUUGGCUGCUUCUACAUUUGCUUGUGGUCUUAUAUGCCCCCUCCUUCUAACCUCCUAUUUUUUCUCGAUGGUGUUUAUGAUGAAGAAAAUCAACCAAGCUCUUCUUCGGGCAGUUUGGCUCGGCAGCUUUUCAAUGAAUAUCGUCUAUCAGUAUUCAACGUUGCCGAAAAUGACUGUGUUCCAGGAUUCGCUUUCAGGAAUAGCCUUCCAUAUUUGGAGUUGCAAGAAAUGGACCUACAAAGACUGGCAUCAGUUGAUACACAGAGGCAAUUUUAUCAGGAAGCAAGGAUUAAGACUGCAGUUUUCAUGGGGUGCAAAAGCGGAGAAAUUGAGCUGGGCUUGUCCAAUGUGUCUCAAAUAAACAUAAAAAGAGAAUUGAUGAGAACCUGGUUACCAGAAGCUUUUUCCAGACAAGUAUCUCCACAUACAGAAGUUGCCAGCAGGCCAAUCAAUGUUCAGCAAAACCCACCGUCAUCCUCUUCGUCUUCUUUGAGAUCACUUUCCGCAUUGGAUAGUCCUGAAUAUUCCUCCCUCCUCUUCAACAUUCCAACCACUACUAUUUCUCAUAACAUCCCAGAGAUCUUUACACAAUUAUCUUCCGAUCCCUUGCAACCAAUCAAUAUUAAUCCAUUGGAACCUUUACCAAUCAUAAAUCUCAUUACUACUACUUCUACUAGUACUAGUCCUCAUCAACAAGCCAUCCAAGCCUUUUCUCGAACCCGAAACAUCCAAUUCCCAACUCCGGAGAUCGAAGAUGCCGCAAUGACAAGAGCUAUCCUUGCAGUUCUAUCUUCUUCACCUUCUUCUUCGUAUCAACCACCCCAACAUACUAAUCCACCUUCUUCUUCUACUACUCAUCGUCACUUACUAACUCCAAAAUCCACUGCUUUCAAGACUUACAGCACCUCAGCUUUAGCCCCAAGAACGCAAAUGAGUGCUAAUUUACGCCGGCAAAACAUGCACAAGCGAUCCAUUUCCUUCUUGAGAAGCUUGAAUCUGAUGAGGCUUCGCGAAGGUAUCCAAACCACCCGUCCCACAAGCGGCCAGUUGCAUCAUAUGAUAUCGGAGCGCAAAAGGCGUGAGAAGCUCAAUGAAAGCUUUCAUACAUUGAAAUCAUUACUUCCACCUGGAACCAAGAAAGACAAAGCCUCGGUUCUUAUAUCUGCGAGGGAGUACUUGACUAGUUUAAAAGCUCGAGUUGCUGAGCUUAGUAAAAGAAACCAGCAGUUAGAGGCAAGGCUCUUGCCCCCGGCCAACUUAGGAGCUAAUGAAGCAGCAGCUACCGCAGGCUCCUCAAAUGAAAGAGUUAGUCUUACACUUACGCAUGUAUCAUCCGAAUCAUCCCCGGAUCAAGAUCAGCAAAUUAUUGACUUGCAAGUGGUUCUAAGAUCACUAGAGAGUUGUACCGAAGAUAUGGUGAUCCGCAUUUUGGAAUUCUUGAAGCGGGUUGAGAAUGUAAGCUUGAUGUCCAUGGAAGCCAAUACUUGGAUAUCAGAACCAAAUUCUAACAUCAACCGCGUAAUCUUGAGAUUAAGAGUUGAUCAGGGAACGGAAUGGGACGAGGCUGCCUUCCAGGAAGCAGUAAGAAGGGUGGUUGCUGACUUAGCAUUGAUGUAAUCAAAUAGCUUUUCGACAUGUUCAAUAUAUAGACUUAGUACGUAGGAUCGACUAGUCCUCUUUUCGUUUUCUUUGUUUUGGUCGAAAUAGUAGGAAUAGUCAAGAUUUUGAUAUAUGGAUUGCUUUCCGACUUUUGGCCAUCAAUGCUUGCCAAUUUUUGACCCUAUCACAUCGGGCAGGCAUUCUCCACCGUUAAUUUAGACAAUCAAACAUAUCAAUUUGAUUCAUAUUAUGAUGUCUAUUGACCAAAAACUAUUCCACAUUUUUUCCCA